CAGGCCCUCAAGGGGGCGCCGAUGACAUCCGUGUGAAUCCUGUCACCAAGCUGAUGGUCCCCAGCCCCAACUGUGCAAUGCUUCCGGCCAGUGGCCAUGCAGGGUCCAUACCUCCUGGCUACUUCGUCCACCCUGACACCGGAAGGGUGCUGCCUGAAGCUGGAAACCUGGGGUACGAUCUGCAGGGAGCUACCCUGGUGCCCACCACUGACUUCGGUUCCGGUGGCGUCCGAACGUCAGAAGCUGCCAUCCUCCCCUAUGUGCCCUACCCGACCUGCCCCUCCACAGGCUCCCCUCCAACCGCCUGCCUGCCCGUCCUGCAGCCACGAAGGACGUCACAGAUGGGGGCUGUCAUGACAGACCCUGCAACUGGCAUCGAGGUGCCCGUGCUGGCUGUGACCCUGCACCCUCAGACGAGGCAGUGGCUCGCUCUUGGGGGCACAUACUGCAACCCUCUCACCAAGACCUUGGCCCCUCUAGAGCUGGGGGGCCCCAUGGAGGAUCCAGUCACUGGAGGCAUCUCGCCAAUCCUGGGAGUCGGGUUGGAUGAAGACACAGGUGUCCUGUCAACCUCAGUGCUGUGCUCCCAGCCUCUCCUGUCCGCCCUUGGCCUCCCGUUCCCCCUGCACCCUCCGUGCUCCGGUCCAGGCUGCAAACUCCACCCCAAACCCCUCUUUCCACCCUUCCUCCUCACUCUGCUCUUACCCCACCUUCGUUCUGCAUCCUGGCUUCGCUGGCCCUUCCCCAUCUCCAGCACGGUGUCCAGGGGGGAAAGAGACCCGAGCUGGCUCUGCAGUGAAAGUAAGGGGAGGUUUUCAACCAAGAAGGGGCAUUUGCUCCUCCCACCACCCCUCUACCCCUCGGCCCUCUCCCCUUCCCCCAUCGUCUAGUCCCCCACGCCUGUCGCUUACUGUGUGCAGGCCCUAGCUCUCCUUCAUUCCUCAUAUCCCUGCAUUUCUGCUCAGACCCCCUUCUACCUCACCCUCUGGGGUUCCAGGUCAGGUGCUUGCCCUGGGCGGGCUGCGAGACGCCUCGGGGAACCUUAUGCUGCCUGGCGACAGCUUCGAGGAGCCACUGAGCAGGAAGACAGUCCGUCUCCAGGGAGCUGCACGACAGGAGGGCCGGACAGUGCCCCACACGGGAGGAUCACAGGCCCUGCUGGAUGCCAAUGUGCUGGUGGCCCAGAGGCGAGUGCUUGCUGUGCUGCGCAGCUACCAGGAGAGGCCAGGGUCGAGGAUGCAGGGGCUUCUAGAGGCUGCCAUCAAGGACAUGAGACAGGCACUGGCCUUGAGUCUGCACCAUGUCCUGCAGCAGGCUCGGAGACUGGAGCGGCAGCUGGAGACGGCAGGUGGCAUCGCAGCCAGCGGAGGAAGGCUAGGAAUGAUGUGCUAUCCAGGGACAGAGCUGUGGGUCCCAGCCCUCUAUGGGAUGGAGAUCCCAGACCCUGAGGGCUCAGGGCUCAUGGUGCCCAUCCUGGGCAUGGAGACUGAUAGGAAUUCUGGUGACUCCACACCCCUGGCGGGUUCUAUGGAAGAUGUGGAUGGCAAAGGUCUUGUCCCAAUCUCGAUUGGGGCUCAAGCCAUAGACCCCUUGACUGGGGAACCUGGUCCUGUCAUUGGUGCUCAGACAGAUCCCUGUUCCGGAGUGGUGGUGCCCAUUGUCCAGAUGCUGGAGGCCCUACCUCGGGGAGUGAGUGACCCCAGGCUGCUGGACGCCCUGGAGAAGGAGCUGAGAGCCCGGGAGCAGUACUGGCACCACCGGGAGCAAGAAGAGGUGCGUCUAGCGGACCACCUGGGGCACCUGAGCCAGGAGCUCCUCUCCGUUCCGGGCAAAGAUGCCCAGCGACAGGUGAGGCCCAGAGGUGCCACUUCAUGGUCCCCACACAGACCUUUACCCAGACGACACAGGUUUCUUUUGUAAGUGUGGAGCCUUUGU